AGCAUUUAACACCCACUGUUUUGUUUUGGUAGAAAUUUCAAUAGCUUUUAUUGAACCCACCUGUAAUUUCCAGCUCUUCUUCAUUCUUAUACCCCUCUCUCUCCUACUCUCCUCUUUACUUCAUCCCCUCUCUCUUUCUCUCUCUCUCUCUGCAAUGGAUCCUAUCUCAUCUUCUUCACUCUCUCCUUACUACCAUAUAAUUUUCACUGCUUUAGCCUUCCUUGUUUCAGGCUUGAUCUUUUUGUUAUCACGUAAAACCAAGUCUAAGAAGCUCAAUCUGCCUCCGGGACCACCCGGUUGGCCGGUCGUCGGAAAUCUCUUCCAAGUCGCCCGCUCCGGCAAGCCCUUCUUUCAAUAUGUAAGAGAGCUAUUGCCAAAGUAUGGUCCAAUUUUCACUAUGAAGAUGGGUGCAACAACCAUGAUCAUCCUCAGCAGUGCUGAGUUAGUCCACGAAGCUUUGAUUGAAAAGAGUCAAGUCUUUGCCACCAGGCCAAGGGAGAACCCGACUCGAAUCGUGUUUAGCUGCAACAAGUUCACCGUCAACUCCGCCCUCUAUGGCCCUGUGUGGCGGUCUUUACGGCGGAACAUGGUCCAAAACGGCCUCUGUGCAAGUAGGCUCAAAGAAUUUCGAUUCGCAAGAGAGACCGCCAUGAAUAAACUUAUCGACAGGCUUCGAUCUGAAGCAGAAGCCAAUAAUGGGACUGUUUGGGUACUGAAAAACGCUCGAUUCGCUGUGUUUUGCAUACUUUUAACAAUGUGUUUCGGGAUUGAGUUGGAUGAAAAGAUGAUCGAAAGCAUUGAUGAGCUGAUGAAAACUGUGCUGAUGGUUCUUACUCCAAGAAUGGACGAUUAUCUUCCAUUACUGAGUCCAUUUUUUUCGAAACAACGCAAGUGGGCCAUGCAAGUUCGUCAAGAACAAAUCGAAACCCUUGUUAAAUUGAUCGAAAGGCGUCGAAAAGCGCUUCAAAACCCAGGUUCGGACAAGUCCGCAGUGUCAUUCUCGUAUCUCGACACACUCUUCGACCUCAAGAUUGAAGGUAGAAAGUCAUCUCCGACGAAUUCGGAGCUCGUUACACUCUGCUCCGAGUUCGUCAAUGGCGGAACUGACACAACAGGCACAUCAAUCGAGUGGGCCAUGGCGAGAUUGAUUGACAAUCCCAACAUUCAAUCCAAACUGUACGAUGAAAUCAAAUCGACAGUAGGAGAGAGAAAGGUGGACGAGAAGGAUGUAGAGAAGAUGCCGUACCUAAACGCCGUCGUAAAGGAAUUACUGCGCAAACACCCGCCAACGUACUUUUCACUGACCCAUGCUGUGAUUGAGCCAGCAAAGUUGGGUGGCUAUGACAUACCCACGGACACAAACGUGGAGAUUUUCCUCCCGGGUAUUUCAGAGGAUCCGAAACUUUGGACCAACCCAGAAAAGUUUGACCCGGAUAGGUUCCUAUCCGGCCGGGAAGAAGCGGACAUAACUGGGGUGACCGGAGUGAAGAUGGCGCCGUUCGGGGUUGGGAGGAGGAUUUGCCCCGGGUUGAGCAUGGCCACGGUGCAUGUGAAUUUGAUUAUAGCAAGAAUGGUUCAAGAAUUCGAGUGGUCCGCUUACCCGGCAAAUAGCAAACUGGAUUUUACUGAGAAGUUGGAAUUCACUGUGGUGAUGAAGGAUACUCUAAGAGCUACAAUCAAACCAAGGGUGUAAGUGGUGCUUAUUAUAUAUAUACUCAGGUGAUCAUGGUAAGUUUUAUAGCAUCCAUAUAUAUAUAGUUUGAAGGUCACGAAUAAUCUUCUUUAUUGCCUCAUUUUGUGUUGAUCAGCCUUGUUCAUUGGGCUGCUCUUAUGAAUUGCUCAAUCACUUUAGGAAGUUCACUUGUCUGCUAUAUUAUCAUUGUACCACAGAAAGAAGCAAUAGAAUCACAAGUUCUGUUACUUGUGAUUUUUAGAUGGUUACUUUCAAGAUGGAGAGGCUUAAGAUGUUAAAGGUUAACUUCAUGUUGAACUCUAGAUUCUGGUUGGGAUUCGCACUAAUGCUAUUAGGACAUAAUUUAGGUACAUAGUUUAAAAAUUUAAUGCAUCGUGAUUAUUGGAUUAAUAGUGUUUACAUCUACUAAUAAUUUAAUGUUAUGAUCUACUGACGAUCUAAUGACCACAAUUAUUAAGUUCCCAAAUUAUGUGUCAAUUGUAUUGCGCUUAAAUUCGGGUUUGAAACUCGUCGCUAGGAAUAAAAAAUGCUCUUCAAACUUUUAUUGUAUUUUAUUUCCUUGUUUGUGGAUAUGUAAGAAUUUUA